UUCAUCUCGCCUUUCAGUUUUCUUCUUGGUAGCAACAGCUCUUUAGAUCUACAAAAAAAUGUCGGACAUAGAGACGUUUGCUUUCCAGGCUGAGAUCAAUCAGCUUCUCAGUCUUAUCAUCAACACUUUCUACAGCAACAAGGAGAUCUUUCUCCGUGAACUCAUCAGCAAUUCUUCCGAUGCUCUAGACAAGAUCCGUUUUGAGAGUUUAACCGACAAGAGCAAGCUAGAAGCUCAACCAGAGCUCUUCAUCCAUAUUAUCCCAGACAAGACCAAUAAUACUCUCACUAUCAUUGAUAGUGGUAUUGGUAUGACAAAGGCUGAUCUGGUGAAUAACCUGGGUACAAUUGCAAGGUCAGGAACCAAGGAGUUCAUGGAAGCUAUUGCAGCUGGUGCUGAUGUUAGCAUGAUUGGUCAAUUUGGUGUUGGUUUCUACUCUGCUUACUUGGUAGCUGAGAAGGUUAUUGUGACCACAAAGCACAAUGAUGAUGAACAGUAUGUCUGGGAGUCUCAAGCCGGUGGCUCUUUCACUGUUACCAGGGAUACAUCUGGUGAGAACCUUGGCAGGGGUACCAAAAUGGUCCUUUAUCUCAAGGAGGAUCAGCUUGAAUACCUUGAAGAACGUAGGCUCAAGGACCUUAUUAAGAAGCACUCUGAGUUCAUUAGCUACCCUAUCUCUCUUUGGGUUGAGAAGACCAUAGAGAAGGAAAUUUCUGAUGAUGAGGAGGAAGAGGAGAAGAAAGAUGAGGAGGGAAAGGUAGAGGAGGUCGAUGAGGAUAAGGAGAAGGAAGAGAAGAAAAAGAAGAAGGUUAAGGAAGUUUCUAAUGAGUGGUCACUGGUGAACAAGCAGAAGCCCAUUUGGAUGAGGAAGCCAGAAGAGAUCACAAAGGAAGAGUAUGCUGCUUUCUACAAGAGCUUGACUAAUGAUUGGGAAGAGCAUCUUGCUGUGAAGCACUUCUCUGUUGAGGGCCAGUUGGAGUUCAAGGCUGUCCUUUUUGUUCCAAAAAGGGCUCCUUUUGACCUCUUUGACACAAAGAAGAAGCCCAACAAUAUCAAGCUGUAUGUUCGCCGUGUGUUUAUCAUGGAUAACUGUGAGGAGUUGAUUCCUGAAUAUUUGAGCUUUGUGAAGGGUAUUGUGGAUUCUGAGGACCUUCCUCUCAACAUCUCCAGAGAGACAUUGCAGCAGAACAAGAUCCUAAAGGUUAUUCGCAAGAAUUUGGUGAAGAAGUGUGUUGAGCUUUUCUUUGAAAUUGCUGAGAACAAGGAGGACUACAAUAAGUUUUACGAGGCCUUCUCUAAAAACCUCAAGCUUGGAAUCCAUGAGGAUUCUCAGAACAGGUCAAAGUUUGCUGAACUGCUGAGGUACCAUUCCACCAAGAGUGGUGAUGAGAUGACCAGCUUGAAAGACUAUGUAACCAGAAUGAAGGAGGGCCAGAAUGAUAUUUACUACAUUACUGGUGAGAGCAAGAAGGCUGUUGAGAACUCUCCCUUCCUGGAGAAACUGAAGAAGAAGGGAUAUGAGGUACUUUACAUGGUUGAUGCCAUUGAUGAGUACUCCAUUGGUCAGCUGAAGGAAUUUGAGGGCAAAAAGCUUGUUUCUGCUACCAAGGAAGGCUCAAGCUUGAUGAGAGUGGAUGAGAAGAAAAAGCAGGAAGAAUUGAAGGAAAAGUUUGAGGGACUGUGUAAGGUGAUGAAGGAUGUGCUAGGAGACAAAGUUGAAAAGGUUAUUGUUUCUGACCGUGUUGUGGACUCUCCCUGCUGUUUGGUGACUGGUGAGUAUGGCUGGACCGCUAACAUGGAGAGAAUCAUGAAGGCACAGGCACUUAGGGACUCUAGCAUGGCUGGAUACAUGUCUAGCAAGAAGACCAUGGAGAUCAACCCAGAGAACUCCAUCAUGGAUGAGCUGAGGAAGAGGGCUGAUGCAGACAAGAAUGACAAGUCUGUGAAGGACUUGGUUCUCUUGCUUUUUGAGACUGCCCUUCUAACCUCAGGUUUCAGCCUUGAGGAGCCACACCUGGCCAGAAUUCACAGGAUGCUGAAACUCGGUUUGAGCAUUGAUGAGGAAAGCGGAGAUGCUGAUGCCGACAUGCCUGCAUUUGAGGAUCCUGAAGCUGACGCUGAGGGCAGCAAGAUGGAGGAGGUUGAUUAUUCAUUA